AUCCUUUCUAUUUAAGUCCCUUCUCAUUUGCACUUCCUACUCAUAUCACUCUCCAAAGUUCAUUCUCUUUUCUCUCUCUGAAAUUUUCUUUUCAUAUUACUCCCUACUCUUUUUUAACUCUAAUUUCUUCAAGAAAUUAAAAAGAAAAAAAAAAUGAUGGUUGAGAAAGAAGAUUUGGGGUUGAGCCUUAGCCUCAGUUUUCCAGAUAAUAGUAAUAAUAACAAGAAUACAACAACCAGUAUUAAUCAUCAGCUCAGUCUUUCACCUUUCAAUACCAUUCACAAAACUUCUUGGGCUGAUUCUCUAUUCCCUUCUUCAGAUCGGAACUCGGAGACGUGCAGAGUGGAGACAAGAACUUUUCUGAAGGGAAUCGACGUGAACCGGCUGCCGGAGACGGUGGACGCCGACGAAGAAGCCGGCGUGUCGUCGCCGAACAGUACGAUUUCAAGUUUAAGUGGAAACAAAAGAAGUGAAAGAGAAGCAAAUAACUGUGAUCUAGAACAUGAAAUGGAAAGAGGUUCUGAUGAAGAAGAUGGAGAAACUUCUAGAAAGAAAUUAAGGUUGUCAAAAGAUCAAUCUGUCAUUCUUGAAGAAAGUUUCAAAGAACACAACACACUCAAUCCUAAGCAAAAGUUGGCUUUGGCUAAAAGACUGGGAUUGAGGCCUAGGCAAGUGGAGGUGUGGUUUCAGAACAGAAGGGCAAGGACAAAGUUGAAGCAAACAGAAGUUGACUGUGAGUUUUUGAAGAGAUGUUGUGAGAAUUUGACAGAGGAAAACAGGAGAUUACAGAAGGAAGUUCAAGAAUUGAGGGCAUUAAAGCUUUCACCUCAAUUCUACAUGCAAAUGACCCCUCCCACCACCCUCACCAUGUGCCCUUCAUGUGAGCGUGUUGGGGCCCCACCUUCCUCCUCAUCUGGGCCCACAUCCACACCAAUGGGCCAGGCCCAACCUAGGCCCAUGCCAUUUAACUUAUGGGCCAAUGCACUACAUCCUAGAUCAUGAUUUUGCUCAUAUCCAUGCAAGAAGGGCAAUUUGGUCAAAUGGAAAAAGAAAUUGUGGGAGUGACAAGACAAACUUGUAAUAGAGUACCAUAAUGUUUUGUGUAUGAAAAUAUGAAUUUUAUGGUCUAAGAUAUGGUUGUUGGGACUUGGAAAUGGGGGAUUUAGUGGGUCAAAGAAUCUUUGAUUUAUUACUGACCCCAUCUUUUUCUUCUUGUAUUUAUAAAAAAAAAUUAGGUUUAUUAGUCUCUUUUACUAUAUUUGGUAGUACUAAUAGUUUACUUUUGCCCCAUUUUAAGGUCACUGGUGGGGUCUUGAGGUAGAUGACUUUUACUUUUAAUUAGAUGUAAAGUUUUGAAGGAUAUCAACUAUUUUUUUAUAGACUUACUUUAGUUGAAAAGUUUGCCUUUUGAA